AUGUCAAGAUUAAUUGUUAAGGGACUUCCCAAGUAUUAUACUGAAGAAAAACUUAGAGAAUUUUUCUCCAAACAAGGAGAUGUGACCGAUGUUAAAUUAAUGAAGAAGAGAAAUGGUGAAUCCAGAAAGUUUGCAUUCAUUGGAUACAAAUCGGCUGAUGCAGCAGAAAGAGCAGUUAAAUACUUUAACAAAUCAUUUAUAGAUACGGCCAGAAUUGAAGUUGAGUUUGCAAAGACAUUCUCUGAUCCUACUGUGCCUCUUUCUUUCAAAGAAAAGAGAAAAAGAGAAGAGCAAAAGCUUAAGGAUGAACAGGAAAGACUUCUUGAACAAGAACUUAGAGCACAAGCAAAGAAGCAAAAGACUAAGUCGACUUCAGAGAUAGAUGAUGAAAUCGCUAGUAAUCCAAAAUUAAGAGAAUAUAUGGAGGUCAUGAAACCCUCUCAUCAAGUUAAAUCAUGGGCUAAUGAUACAAUUGCGGACGGAUCAGGUGGACCAUCUGUACAAGAUUUAGAAAAUGCUUUGAAUGGUAACAAUGAGUCUCCAGUAGACAAAUCCAACAUCGAGGUUGUCAAUACCGUGGAAGAUGCUAGUGAUGACGAGUACAAUGAUUUCAAAGAGCUCAGUAAUAAACACGGCGAAAAUGAAGACGAGGAAGAAGAAGAAGAAAUGAUGAGCUUAGGAGACUUACCAACUAAUGAAGAAAAUAAAGACAAAAAUGAAUCUGGUGAAAAUCUUGCUGCUAAUGAAAACAUAUCUGACUUGGAGUGGCUUAAAUCUAGGAGUACUCGUAUUAAAGAAAAUGGUGAAGUGCCAGAAAUUGUACCCGAAGUAAAAGAAGUCAAUGAAGUUACUGAAGCUACGCAGCAAUCAGACAAUGAACCUGAAAUGACACCUGAAGAGCAAAUAGCUCAUAAAAUUGAAGAAACUGGAAGGUUAUUUAUAAGAAACAUAUCUUAUGAAGCCAGUGAAGAAGAUUUCAGAAGCUUGUUUUCACAAUACGGGGCUCUUGAAGAAGUCCACAUUGCUAUCGAUACCAGAACAGGCAAGUCGAAGGGAUUUCUUUAUGUGCAGUUUUUGAAAAAAGAAGAUGCAACAAGAGCAUAUCGAUCCUUAGACAAGCAAAUUUUUCAAGGACGGUUAUUGCAUAUCUUGCCUGCUGAUAAAAAGAAAGAUCACCGUCUAGAUGAAUUUGAUUUGAAAAAUUUGCCAUUGAAGAAACAACGUGAGCUUAAAAAGAAAGCACAAGCUGCAAAAACUCAGUUUAGUUGGAAUUCACUUUAUAUGAAUAGUGACGCUGUAUUGGAAUCUGUUGCAUCAAAGUUGGGAGUGACAAAAUCUCAGUUAAUUGACCCAGAGAAUUCCAGUUCUGCAGUGAAACAAGCUUUAGCUGAAGCCCAUGUGAUUGGUGAUGUUAGAAAAUACUUUGAGGAUAGAGGCGUUGAUUUGACAUCGUUCGACAAGAAAGAAAGAGAUGACAAAAUUAUACUAGUGAAAAAUUUCCCAUUCGGUACCACUAUCGAUGAAAUAGGGGAGUUAUUUUCUGCUUACGGACAAUUAAAACGUAUGUUGAUGCCACCAGCAGGUACAAUUGCUAUCAUAGAAUUUCGUGAUGCACCAAGUGCCAGGGCAGCAUUUUCCAAACUUGCAUACAAAAGAUUCAAGAGUAGUAUAUUAUAUUUGGAAAAAGGUCCAAAAGACUUGUUUACCCGUGAGCCAACCACCAACGAGGUUGCUACCAUUCCAGAGCAACAGCAAAAUGAACAUGCAGUUGAAGCUAAAAUAUCUGCUAAUGAAAUUUUGGGCGAAUCUAAAGAGGAUGACGAAAUUGAACUGGUACAAGGUCCAACUGUUGCUGUUUUCGUGAAAAACUUGAAUUUUGCUACCACAGUGCAAGCUUUGUCCGAUCUUUUCAAACCUUUGCCUGGUUUUGUUGUUGCAACAGUGAAGACAAAACCGGAUCCAAAGAAUUCAGGCAAAACUUUAAGUAUGGGUUUUGGAUUUGUUGAGUUUAGAACAAAAGAACAGGCAAAUGUUGCUAUUUCUACUCUUGACGGUCAUGUUCUCGAUGGCCACAAGCUACAGUUGAAAUUGUCUCAUAAACAAGGAACCGGUACCUCUGCUUCUUCGAUAAAGAAGUCAGGUAAGUCUUCCAAAAUCAUUAUCAAGAAUUUGCCAUUUGAAGCUACCAGAAAGGAUCUUUUGGAGUUAUUUGGUGCUUUUGGUCAAUUGAAGUCUGUUAGGGUUCCAAAGAAAUUCGACCAGAGUGCACGUGGGUUUGCAUUUGUGGAGUUCAAUCUAAUGAAAGAGGCAGAAACUGCUAUGAGCCAAUUGGAGGGGGUACAUUUACUUGGAAGAAGAUUGGUGAUGCAGUAUGCUGAGCAAGAUGCCGAAAAUGCUGAAGUUGAAAUUGAGAGAAUGACAAAGAAGGUCAAGAAACAAGUUGCCACUCAAAACUUGGCUGCUGCGAGAUUGGCAGGAAAGGGCAAGAUUGAAUUGGAGGAAAAGGAUGAAGAAGAUUUUGAUUGA